AUGGCCGUGUCGAAAGUGACGGUAAUCGUGCUGGUCGUCUUGUCCCUCUGCGCCAUCGUGGCCACGGGACUUCUGGUCUAUUUCUUCGCCGGUCGCUACGGCGACGACGAUCCCGUCGACGUCACCAACACCACCCCCACCCCCCCGACCACCACCCCGCCCUCCGAAGUGACCGAUGUCCGACUCCCCGUGCACCUCCAUCCCACUUUAUACAAUAUCAAGAUCCUGGCAAAAUUCGACCAGGAGAACGACUACCCCCUCCACGGCGAGGCGACCAUCGACCUCGCCUGCGACAGCCCGGGCAGCAACGUCACCCUCCACGCGAAAAACCUGAACGUCACCAGCGCCACCGUCACGACGGCGGAAGGAACCGAGCUGGCCGUCUCGGACCGGACCUACGACCCGGAGCGGGACUUCUUCAUCGCGAUGCUGGACGAGGACCUGGAGGCGGGAAAGACCUACCGGAUCCGCAUGGAAUACCGAGGGAGGCUGCAGCGCGAUCUCGUCGGUUACUACCUCAGCCAAUACGACGAGGGCGACUCGACCCGGAACUUGGCAGUCACGAAGUUCCAGCCCACAGACGCCCGGAAGGCAUUCCCCUGCUUCGACGAGCCGGAUUUCAAGGCCAACUUCAGCGUAUCCCUCGGUCGACCCAACGGCACCAAUUGGGUCGCCCUCUCCAACAUGAACUCCACAGGGAUUACGGGGGACACGUCGGAGCCGGGCUACGUGUGGGAGUCGUUCGAGACGUCGGUGCCGAUGAGCACCUACCUGGUGGCGUUCGCCGUCUCAGAGUUCGCGGCCGACGGCGCGAACGUCAGCCUCGCGGAGGGCGAGAUCCCCUUCAAGGUUUGGGCCCGCCCGGAGAUGAUCGAAUUCACUCAGAAGGCCAUGGAACACGGGCCGGCCAUCCUCAAGUACUUCGAGGAGUACUUCGACAUCCCCUACCCGCUGCCCAAGAUGGACAUGAUCGCCCUGCCGGACUUCGCCUCCGGCGCCAUGGAGAACUGGGGGCUCGUCACGUACAGGGAGGAAUACCUCCUGUACCAAUGGAACCAGACGUCGGCGGCGACCCUGACGAGAAUCGUCUACAUAAUCGCCCACGAGUUGGCCCACAUGUGGUUCGGCGACCUCGUGACCCCCGUCUGGUGGAAUGACCUCUGGCUCAACGAGGGAUUCGCCUCCUACGUCAUGUACCUCGGCUCCGAACGCGUGGAGCCGAACUGGUCGUGGAUGGACCAGUUCGUGUUCAGCGACCUGCAGGACGUCCUCUACCUGGAUUCCCUGGAGAAUUCCCAUUCCAUCUCCGUCGAGGUGAACAACCCGAACCAGAUCUCCCAGAUCUUCGACCGUAUCUCGUAUGCCAAAGGGGCGUCCGUCAUCCGAAUGAUGAGCCACUUCCUGACCGAGAAAAUAUUCAAAAAGGGAGUGAGCGAUUACCUCAAGGCAUUCCAAUACGACAACGCCGUCCAAGACGACCUCUGGCAGUACUUGGAAUGGGCGGUUGGGAACGCGACCAAGCCGGCCCUCCCUACCCUGUCGGCCCUCCCGGGAACGGUGAAGGAUAUCAUGGAUUCUUGGACUCUCUUCACCGGGUAUCCCGUCGUGAACGCCACGAGGGAAGGCCAAACGGUCACCUUCCAACAGAAACGAUUCCUGCUGAACCCGGGGGCUUCGGAGAAACUCACCACGCUCUGGUACAUCCCCCUCAACGUGAUCGGCUCGAGCAACUCCACCGACGACUUCGACUCCACGGGAGCCAUGGCCUGGCUGGAGAAGACUGGAGAAUCGGUCGCCCUCGGCCUCCCCUCCGAGGAUGAGGACUGGUACCUGGUGAACCUCCAGCAGACGGGCUACUACCGAGUCAACUACGACGACGGCAACUGGGAGGCGCUUCGGGCUGCCCUUGCGGCAGACCACACGGUGAUACCCACCAUCAACAGGGCGGGGCUCCUGGACGACGCCCUGAGCCUGGCCCGGGCGGGGCUCCUGGACUACCGCGUCGCCCUCAACCUCACCGGAUACCUGGGCAGCGAGAAGGCUUACAUCCCGUGGGCCGCGACCAUCAGGAACUUCAACUACAUCCGAGGCAUGAUCGAGACCACGGGGACGUACGACCAUUAUAAGGCUUACAUCCUGAGCCUGCUAAGGCAUGUAAUGACGCCGGGAUUCAACUUCCCGACUCUGGAAGAAGUGCCCAAGGAUGGAAAUUAUACGGACGUGACCGGCGUGAUGUACGAGACCCUCAUUUGGACGACGGCUUGCGAGAUGGGAGAAGAGUCAUGCGUCGACGUCACCGCCGACCUUUUCAAGAAAUGGAAGGACAACUACGACGAAAGUAAACCGGACGAACCAACCCUGAACCCGAGCAUGAAGGCCUUGGUGUAUUGUCAAGGCGUCCGGGAGGGCGGAGAGGACGCAUGGGAAUUCAUCUACAAGCAUUACAACUUGACGAACUAUGCCUCCGAGAGGACGCUCGUCCUCCAAGCCAUGGCUUGCACCAACAUCUCCAAGCUACUCGAUAGGUACCUGGACCUGCUGCUGGGGGAGGGCGGAGCGAUCCAGAGACAGGACGUGUCGCGGGCCUUCGCCUACAUCGCGGCCAAUCCCCACGGGCGCCUCGACGCCUUCAAGUUCGUCAGGGACAACUGGGAUUACCUCCAGGCAACGUUUGGGGUGGGGACCGCUGCCUUUGGCAGGUUCAUCACUCCGUUCAGCUCCUUCAACACCGAGACUGAGCUCGCGCUCCUGGAAUUCCUGAAGGACGCUCACUCGAACGAGCUGGGCUCGGCGGAGAGGGCCAUGGAGCAGACCAUCGAAUCCGUGCAGAUCAACAUCAGGUGGAUCGGCGACAACAUCGACGUCGUCACGGAUUGGCUCAAAAUGAAGAAUUCCGUGGAAGUCUUGUGA